AUGAUCCUAUCUGAACUGAGUUCUCGUUUCCACGUGCAGUCUGAAUGCAUCCAUUCUAGAAAGGUUGAAGAGGAUGAAUAUGAAGAUGGAACAACUAACCAAAAAUGGGUUUUAGCUCCAAAAACACAAGACACAGAUGUGACUCUCAUACUAAACAAGCUGUUGAGAGAGUAUGACAAAAAGCUGCGGCCAGAUAUUGGAAUAAAACCAACAGUUAUUGAUGUUGACAUUUAUGUCAACAGCAUUGGUCCUGUAUCAUCAAUAAAUAUGGAAUAUCAAAUUGAUAUAUUUUUUGCCCAGACGUGGACAGACAGCCGUCUUCGCUUCAACAGCACCAUGAAAAUACUGACUCUGAACAGCAACAUGGUUGGCUUGAUCUGGAUCCCAGACACAAUAUUUCGUAACUCAAAGACAGCAGAGGCUCACUGGAUCACCACCCCCAACCAGCUCCUUCGCAUAUGGAAUGACGGCAAGAUCUUGUACACUCUCAGGCUUACCAUCAAUGCUGAGUGCCAGCUGCAGCUGCACAAUUUCCCAAUGGAUGAACACUCAUGUCCUCUGAUAUUCUCUAGCUAUGGCUACCCUAAAGAGGAAAUGAUUUACAGAUGGAGGAAAAACUCAGUGGAGGCUGCUGACCAGAAAUCUUGGAGACUGUAUCAGUUUGACUUUAUGGGUCUCAGAAAUACUUCAGAAAUUGUGAAAACCUCUGCAGGUGAUUAUGUAGUCAUGACUAUAUACUUCGACUUAAGUAGAAGAAUGGGAUACUUUACUAUUCAAACAUACAUUCCCUGUAUAUUAACAGUUGUUCUUUCCUGGGUAUCCUUUUGGAUUAAAAAAGAUGCCACACCAGCAAGAACAGCAUUAGGCAUCACCACAGUAUUGACCAUGACAACUUUGAGUACCAUUGCAAGAAAGUCAUUACCCCGUGUCUCCUAUGUCACUGCUAUGGAUUUGUUUGUGACUGUAUGCUUUCUAUUUGUCUUUGCUGCUCUGAUGGAGUAUGCAACCCUCAACUACUACUCAAGUUGCAGGAAACCAAACUGUACUAAGAAGAAAAAGUCGCUACCUGAUGUCAGUUUUGGUCAUGUGAUGAAUUAUUCUGUACUUGAUAUGAGACCACCAACUACAGUCAUCACAUUGAACAAUGCCAUGUAUUGGCAAGAAUUUGAAGAUGCGUGCGUCUAUGAAUGUCUGGAUGGGAAAGACUGCCAGAGCUUUUUCUGUUGCUAUGAAGAGUGUAAAUCAGGCUCAUGGAGGAGAGGACGGAUUCACAUAGACAUCUUAGAGCUGGACUCUUACUCUAGAGUCUUUUUUCCUACAUCCUUCCUGCUGUUUAACCUGGUCUACUGGGUUGGAUACCUCUAUCUUUAAAUGUUGCCUGUAGUGGUGAAGACUGCUGUGUUUUCACACUUCAGAAGGAUGGUGAAAGUGCAGAAAAAGUGAAGGUCACGGUCAGUUUCAUCUCAAAUUAUAAAGGCUACAUUAACCUUCAACAUCACAGAGCCUGAUGAAGAAUUUGAACAUGUAAUUGCCUGAAAAAGAAAAACAUGGAAGAAUUCUCUCCUUACUGCUAUUCAUUUUAAGGAAAAGAUUCUUACAAAAUUCAGCUGAAUUUGUAGUGUAAGCAAUGUUUAUGAAUAUUGUAUAUUAGAAUCUCUACUAUUCUCCCUUGGCAUAGAAGCUAUACACAAUUCAGGCAAAGGUUAAAUAUGUCGGUUUUGUUUUUCAUUCCCAUACUUUCUUCAAAAUCCUGCCAUAUCCCUGAGGCUCAGAGCAACAUACAGUGGCAUAAGCCAAAGCUCAUGAAACCACUCAUUCAUAUUUAAAAUUGCUUAAGAUAUGUCCCAUAGGUUUGGGGAAAUAUUUCUUUGGUGUUCUUGCUAUAGAGAAACCACCAAAAUACAGUAAGAAAUGUCUCUGGUGGGAUCGAAACAUGGACGUUAUUUUCUGCAAGUAUCUGGCAUUCAUGGAAUUACCCACUUACCUACACAUAUUGUUUUUAACUUAGUGUGAAAAGGCAGAGUUAUAAGAAAGCUAUCAUUUUGAUAUAAAUAAAAAACUUGCCUAUCUCUGAGGCAUCUGUAGAGAUAACUUCUACAGUUUUUCAAGCUUUUAACUGUCUUUUUUAUGACUGGUUAAACACAGGAUGGUCACUGAUUUCUAAAGUACUUGAAGCAGGACAAGAAUCCUGCUUGUUUGUGUCAUUGUAGCAGAUCAUAGUUGAUAGGCCAUGAGUAAAAAUCACUAAAUAAUAGCACUAGGAAAAUGUGACUUUCUUCAGAUUGCAAUUUACUAAAAAUUGCUCUCAUUCAUUCUUAUUUUUUCUCUCAAAAUUAUUUUACAAAAUUGAAAUACACGUGCCAAAGGACAUUUUUUAUUCCUUCUGUAAAGAUAAAUAUUGCAGCCCUUACAGCAGUUGUUCUCUGGGUCUGAGCUCAAGACUGAACACUUUUGACUUGAAUAAUGCAUUAUGGGAAUUCAGUUGUCACACUUGGAUUAACAUGGGAUAGUUGUCACAAGUAGAAAAAGGUUGUUUUAAUUUUGUUCCUAAAUUGCCAACUAUAUUUUACCCUAAAAAGCUAUUUUGUAUUUUUCAAGCUUUUGACAAUUAAAUUCUUAAAGCACCCAGUUUUUCAAAACUAAUUUUAGUGUUAAACUAGAGUACAUCUUUUACAGACUGUCUCAAUAACUGUUGUUAAGCAAACAAAACAGAUUCACAACUAAAUAGCAAUAGGUUUUCACUACCCUUUGGAUAACAAAUGGUUACAAAUGCUUGAAGUUAAAACAUACAUAAAACCAAAAUUCUACUUUUUUUUUCUCUUCUGGAGGACUUGAUAAUUUUUUUAUCAUCUCAAGAAAUCUGUGUCUCUUCCACACAGUACUUGACAAAAAAUGAGUAGCAGAUGUGAUUGAAGAGCGGUUCCUUUUCUGCUCAGAAGGAAAAUCUUGCAAACAAGCAAAAACUAAUGCAAUGAUAAUUCUAAAGGAAAAAAAUUAUGCUGUCAUGUUCUUUCAGACAUCACUGUCUGUCAUUGCUGUUGCUCUGUGCUUCCAGUGAGUUUCUAAUUGAAAAAAAAUUACUAAUAAUACAACAGUUAACUGUAGUUAUUCAAAAUACUUUCUUUUGGUUUUCACUUGUCUAAAAUAUCAGAAAGAGAAAGCUGGGUUUAGGUGGGGGAGAGGAAUCACUUCUCUAAGGACUGACAAAAUUCAGAUUAGAAGCACAGAGAAGAAAUGUUUUGUGGCAGCAUCAAAACCUUAUUUUUAACAAAAUCUGCCCAGUCUGGUGUUUUCUAAACCAAUGAUAAUUAUCUGAUUUCAAAAUACAUAUUGAAGUUUUUACUAACUCUCAGUGCAAAUUACUGUAAAAUCUAUUACUCUGUAAACUUCUGUGUCCUGCACUUGGAAGAAUGGAUUUUAUUUAUGGAUAAGUUAUAUUUUCAGUGGAAGAAGGUGAUUGAAUUGAAGUUGAAUAUCCUGGUCUCUAAUUAUGAAUUAGUCACCUUCAGCCAUAUUUUGCAAGAAUACUAGAAAUAUUUCAAGCAUAAAAGAAUGGAAACAGUUAUCCUUUAGAGGCCAGAGCCUGCAAACUCUCUGCACAAUUAAUUGAUUUUGGUAGAAGUAUUGAGACAGAUGAGGCACAAGAAGGUGACUUCCACCACUAGAUCUUGAACAGGUAAGUGAGGUUUAUUUAGCAAUUGCAUACUUGAGUGAAUGUCCUGGGACUAAGUGUAGAAGUGGAACAUUCCCACAUCGGCUGAGGAGCAUGUACUUCUCUUACACUUCUGCUCAUGGAUACUCAUUCCUGCUAAAAGCAUGCAAUACCAUCAGAUCCCCCCUUGGAAGACCGAUUCCACUAAUUCCAUUCAUAUUGCCUCUGUUUUCUGAAUCCUUUCAUAAACAGAAGUUGGAAGCAUAUAAUUCCACUUCUUUUCCACGGUCCUCACCAAGAAAGAGUCUGCAGACAUAACUGGUUUCUGAUCUUAUACUGACAGCAGAGAACAUCUUUGACUGUGUAAUAUAUUCUACUCUGGGAUUAUGUGCAAAAAAUUGAUUUAUAUGCCAGGUGAGAGGCUGCAGGCUGUCAGGUUCCAGAAUGCAUUCCUUUGGUUAUUCCCAGUUGCUUCAUUUACUCUCUCUGCUUCAUUGCUCUGUGCUUUGGCAGCCACUGAAAAACUGUAGAGAUCAGGGAAGAUAAGCUUUCUAGGCUCUGCAUCAUUCAAUAUACACUUAUUCUAGAUACCUAGAUAAUGUGGUCUGCAUAUAUCUAUGUGCCAUAUAUUUCUGUAGUAGUAAAAAUAUCCUCAUUAACCUCCAGAUAUUCUUUUGCUUCUUUUGCAAAUUGAAAAAUAUUAACACUUCUGUGCACCGUCCCAUGAGAAAUGCAAGAAACACCUUUUAAC